AUGGUUCGCUCUAUCGUCCUCCUGUCGGCCGUCGCAGCCACUGCGCUCGCCCAGAACUCCACCUACAGCUACACCUUCCCCCAAGGCUUCAACCUCGGCGAGGUUGACGCAACCACAAAGAGCAACUGGUGCGAGGGUCAGCGCAACACAUGCCCUCUGAUCUGCGGUGGUGCCGCCAGCCAGAACACCUGUGACAGUAGCUCUUUGCAAUUCUCCUGUGUCUGUGUGGAUGGCAGCCACCCCAAUGUCACUGAAUACCAGACGACUAUUCCCUUCUAUGUCUGCAAUGCGAACAUUGGACAGUGUCUUUCCAACAACGCCGGACAGCUCGAUGCCCAAGAGGCUUGCAAGCAGAUCAAAUGCGGCAACAAGCAGGCCGGUGGCUCGUCCAGCUCCACCUCUUCGUCGGCCAGCAGCGAGAGCACCACUAUGGCGUCUUCCACCUCCAUGGCCGCAGCAUCUGCCACCGGCGCCAGCACGACUGCUUCUUCAUCUGCGGCGGCUGCGACCUCCAGUGGUGCCGCGUCCAUCGCCGGUCUGGAGGGCUACUCCACUGGCAUCAUGGCCGGUGCUAUGUUCUUUGCUGCUCGCCUGUUCCUGUAG